CCAUACCAUACUAGAUUGCGAAUUGUUGCUGUGCGAAUGGGAGCAGAGGUGAGCUCGAAACUCAUUGCCCCUAGUAUUUAUCGCUGCGUGUGUUGAAUCAACUGGCCCUUUCUUUGCCAUAAAUUAGGCCAGGUGAAUUCAUACAGUUUCCAUCAUCCAGUGCCAGGGCCCUCACCGAUUACUGGGCUCUGUGCCCAAGGCAGUUCUGGCGAAGAUGGUAUGGCUUGGCUUUUGAGUCUGUUUCCCAACCUUCGACUCCGCGGCUUCUUCAUUUCUCACUAGAUUGUAUGAGGCAUCUUCUUGUGCCAGACCUUGAUUGUGAUUCCAUUGUCCAUGAAAGCUCGAUGUCGGCAACAUAUGUCUGUGUCAUGCCUGCCGAUAACGAUCUUGAAGGACUCAUGGAAGAGCCCCAGAUCGACGCAGCUUCUUCAUCCUCGUCGUCGAAGACGGGCAACGGCUCUUCGUCCACAAUAGUGGUCAAUGCAGGCUUCUCUCGCAUAGGCGAGCGGGACCCUGGCCUAGUUGGCUCAGAAGUGCGAGGCAGGCGGACAUCAGGGAGACCAAGAAAGGCGCUGGCAGCAACGGUCGAGUUUCCGAACCAUUACUGCUCGCUGGGACCCAAUUCGGCACCGGGUUCCGCCAAAGGAAGCAGCAAAUUCAUGAUCAGCAUCACUGAUAUCAUUGAUAUCACCGUCUGUAUCAACGAAAUAAAGCUCUCCCAUCUCUAUGAGUUGGGUGAAUCGAGUGGUGUCACCGCAAGCAACGGCAAGGGCGUACAGAGUACUUUUUCGAAUCGCACUGGGUCCAGGACGAGACGGCUCCGGCAUUUAGCUCUAGGAGGGAAGACUGUGCUUCCGAUACUGACCCCAAUGGCCAUGCCGAACCGCCACUGCACACCAUCGAUCACAUCAGGCAAUCUGAGCCCGCCUGAAGCCGUUUAGAUCUCCUAGGAAGGACAGCCUAGCUCCCGCUGAGAUGGGGAAUGUUUGAGAUUUUCCAUUGGUGAUCCACCUCUUGCGGACGACACAAAG